AUGAUUAAAAUAAUAAUUUUUAGUUUUUUAGUUUUAGGAAGUUUAGCAAUUUGUAAAGCUUUUCCAAGUGGUUCUAUUAGUGGGGUUGCCUCUUAUUAUAAUGAUGCAGGUAUUGGUGCAUGUGGAACUCAAAUUAACGCCAAAACCGAUUUGAUAGUUGCCAUUCCUACAUCAUAUUGGACUAGCGCAAAUCCAAACGCUGAUCCUUUAUGUAACACCAAAAUAAAAGUAACACAUGGUAGUAAUUCGGUUGUACUUACUGUAGUUGAUAAGUGCCCAACAUGUGGCCCAAAUAAAAUCGAUAUUAGUGAAUCUGCAUUUAUCCUUCUUGCAGGUAGUACUGUCGAUGGAAUAAUCAAUGUAACUUGGGAGUUUAUUGGUACUGGAAGUAGUAGCACUACUACUGGGAACAGUGGAUCUGUAACAUCAGGAGCCAGUACAACAGGUGGUGGUAGUUGCCAAAAACAAGUAGCAGUUGCUUCAGGUCAAGGAUGUUGGGAUGUAUGGACUUCAAAGUGCGGCAAUCUAUGGGAUGAAAAUCAAUUCUAUCAAUCUAACCCAGGUGUACAAUGCACUUCUCUUAAAGUUGGUCAACUAUUGUGUUGUGGAAAAAGCAGUGCAAGUAGUGGCACUACUGGCUCAUCAUCUAGCGGCUCAUGUUCAAGAAAAACAACCGUUGAUGCAGGUCAAGGAUGUUGGGAUGUAUGGACCUCAAAGUGUGGCAAUCUAUGGAAUGAAAAUCAAUUCUAUCAAGCAAAUCCAGGUGUUCAAUGCACCUCUCUUAAAAUUAAUCAAUCACUUUGUUGUAAUUAA